GCCCGGCCUGUGUGUUGUGAAUUACAAUGAGGUUUAUUGUGUAGUUUUUAUUAAAUAUAACCGCAUGACUUGUACAUCGUCACGAAAGGCUUUACUUAUUGGACAGUAGGCAUUAUUUUCGAGAGGUUGAAUGUGGUCAUAACAUCCGGUAAGGUGGUUUUCGGGCUGCUUCAGUGAAGGAAGACGCAAAGUUGCAAAAAGGUGACCGGGUGAUUUGACAUCAACGACACAGUGUAAUUCCUUAAAAUGGAGAGUGAGGAUGAUCUGGAUAUUCUGACCGCGCUGCUGGCUGAGAGCGAGGGUAUUGGUGAAGAACAAGAAAGCCAGGAGCACGCGGACGAUCUGGACGGGCUGUUUGAUGAGGAAAAUGACGAGGAGUACAAAGAGGGCGUCGAGGAGGAAGAGCGCAAUGUGGACGAGAUGUUGGAGCUCUUUGGAGAUGUGGAUGACAUCAAACAAGAGGAGAAGGACAAAGAAUCAGAGGGUGACCGUGAGAACCUGAACAAGUCGAAAGAGGAUUUACAAGCACCUGCAGCGUCCCAUAGCAGACCUGCAGCAGCUGCGUCAGCAGUGCAGCCUAAAGCUCCUUCUUAUCCAUCUCUUCCCAAAGACGUGGCUCUUGAGAAAUAUUCAGGACUGCGGCUCAGAAAGCCACGUGUUUCUUCUAGCGAGAUGGACCGUAAGAUGGCUGACCGCCGUCUGAUUCGACUGUCACAGUUACCGGAGCGUAUGGCUCGGGAGAAGCUGGAAGACAGCGACUGGGUGACGUUUGCUGUGCUGGUCAAUAAAGCCACGCCUCAAAGCAACAGCAGUGGCAAAACCUUUAGCAUCUGGAAACUCAAUGACCUCCAUAACCUGGAAGUGUUUGUGUCUCUGUUUCUGUUUGGUGAAGUUCACAAAGAGCACUGGAAGACUGAGACGGGCACAGUAGUCGGACUCCUCAACCCAAACUCCAUGAAGCAGAAAGAAGGAUAUGACGGGGUGAGCCUGACGGUGGAUCACCCACAGAAGGUGCUGCUGAUGGGUGAAGCUCAGGACUACGGUAUCUGCAAGGGUGUGAAGAGGAACGGAGAGCCAUGCUCGCAGAUAGUUAACAUGUAUGAGUGCCCAUACUGCCAGUAUCAUGUCAAGGCCCAGUAUAAGAAGAUGAGCUCAAAAAGGGCCGAGCUGCAGUCGUCGUUUUCCGGAAGAGCGCCCAGUAAAGUCAUGGGGAAGGGGAAGGCGGGUGGCCUGAGAGAGCGGAUUUGUCAGGACGGUUUCUACUACGGCGGCGUGUCCUCUGCUGCCUGUGCCGCCUCACUGACCGCGUCCAAACCAAACAAACCCACCCAGAAAACUCUGGACAAGCUGUUUGUGAGAGGCUCGGCUCAGCUCGGCCAAGAUUGUUUAAUGUCACCAAAAGCUGCUUCUGAAGUCCCCACGGCCUCCCAAAGCCCAGCGGCGCCCCACACUCCGACCCUGGGCCGAGGCUUCUCCAAGGGAGAUGAUAUCCUCUUCUUUGAUACCAGCCCCCCUCCAGCUCCUUCUCCCAGCACCCUCAACCUAUCAGCUGCCAAGCUGGCUGCUCUGAAGAGGCUAAGGGCUAAAGACACGGGGCUGGUGAAGGAAGACCCCAACGCUGUGAAGAGGAAGAGGAGUGACAGCAGUGAGAUCAAUGCCCGAGUAGAGCGGAAUCGCACCUCACCCAGUGCCUCAGCUAAUGAGGAGGAGGAGCCGGUGCAGAAAAAGAAGCGAGAACAACUCGACUAUGUCCAGUCAGAGGAGUUUCAGAAGAUCCUGAAAGCAAAAUCUCGCCACGGGAUUAUACUUCAAGCGGCGGAGUACCAGCUACAAGAGCGCUACUUCAGUGUUCUGGUGAAGAAGGAGCAGAUGGAGGAGAAGAUGAGGAACAUCAGAGAGAUGAAGUGUCGGGCUGUCACCUGUAAAAAGUGUAGUUACACCUACUUCAAGCCGGCGGAUCGUUGUGUAGAGGAGAACCAUGAUCUGCGGUGGCACGAGGCAAUGAAACGCUUCUUUAAAUGUCCUUGUGGACAGAGAGCCAUUGCUCUGGACAGACUGCCACACAAACACUGCAGCAACUGCGGUCUGUUUAAAUGGGAACGAGAUGGGAUGUUGAAGGAGAAAACUGGCCCUAAGCUUGGUGGAGAGCUCCUCCUGCCUCGAGGAGAGGAGCAUGCCAAAUUCCUCAACAGCAUGAAGUGAUUUAUUAUUGAGGGAGCAACCUAUAGACUUUUAUGUAUGUAAUUUAAGGUUUUACCAGGCUUUCAUUAGUAUCAGUUCUGUUUUUAAAUUUUGACAUUAUGUAGCUCUUGAGUGUCUGUGGUGAUACCAGAUGUGCUGC